AUGUUAGGGUUAGUGGACGACUCCCUGCUGAAUAACCUAACCAAAAGCACGCAUGCGUUAUACUCUGUGAUACCCGACGAAGUGUAUUUAAAGAACAACCACACUGUUUUUACACCUCGAGCCGAUGUCAACAACAGCCUGGAUUACCUUUUCCUCAUCUCAGGGGAGGCCAUCUGCAGGAACCAUAACCCGUUUCUCCUUGUCGUGAUCCCGUCUGUAGUCACAAGGGCUGAGACCAGAGACCUGAUUAGAAAAACUUGGCUGCGGGCCUCUGAGACCAACUCCUGGCCACAUGUCGUUCUCGGGGAAAACAUUAAACACAUUUUUUUGUUUGGAUUUCAAAAUAAUUCAAAGGACAAGGACCUGAAGAGUCUACAGACGGAAUCUGUGUUGAACAAUGAUGUGGUGAUGGCGGACUUUGUGGACAGCUACAGGAACUUGUCCGUCAAGAUGUUGGUCGGGCUCCAGUGGACACUCAAGUACUGCAGCAGGACACGGUUCGUCCUCAAGGUGGACGAGGACACGUUUAUCAACAUGCCGUUGAUGGUUCAACUGUUGAAACACGUGACACGAGAUUUUAACGGUGAUGUGUUUACAAUAGGGCGCAGGCACCCCAGCCCGCGGCCGUUAGUGGUGAGACACCCCCACCGCUGGGGCGUCGGGUACGACGAGUACCCUCUAGAGUACUACCCCCAGUACACCAUCGGGGCGGCGUACGCCCUCACGAUGCCCAGCAUCGCCCCCCUGCUGUCUACAGCCGCACACGUUAGACUGAUCUCGCCGGAAGACGCGUUCAUCAACGGGAUUCUCGCCAAAACAGCGGGAGUUGCUCGACUCGCCGCGGAUAGUUUUGCCAGCGACAACAACGUGAACGAGAUCAGGGACUGUGACGUCGUAUGGAACAGGAAGGUUGCGGUCAUCGGGGUGUCCAGCAGAGAGAGGCUGCAAGAACUCUGGACUAGUCUGGUCACUCGACAGUGUAACACCACCAAACACUGA